UCAAAAAAUACAUAUUUUAACACACAUAGGUUAUAUCUCUACAUAUUUGCUAGGAAACUUUGUUUCAAGAAAAAUAUUUAGGGCUUGGAAACUUUGUGUGAAGAAAAUAUUUAGGGCUUGGAAACUUUCUUUGUGAGAAGAAAAAUAUUUAGGGCUUGGAAACUUUGUGUAGAGUAACAACAUGAAGAAUAACAAGAAGGAUGAAGGUGUAGGACAAAAGGGUAUACCAAUUCAUAGUCAAGUUAUGAAGAUCAAGCAAGAAUCAGAGAAAAUAUUUGAUUGGUCACCUGGUAAGCCUGAGAUAAGACCUGUUCUAAGGGAGAUUUCGCGACGAAUUUCGCGGUCACCGUUGGGAAUUUCAGGCCAAGCUAUUUCAGUUGGUGAUUCAUAGAGUUUAUAAGGUUUUGGAUUAGUCUUAUAUGAUGAUGAUGAUGAUGAUGAUGAUGAUGUAUGGAGAUUGUAGAGGGAGGUUUUGUAUGCUUCCCCUGUUUCUUUCUCUGUUUUCCUCUGUUUUUUAAUCAGAGAUAUUUAGAUAUUUAGUUAUAUUUUUCUUUUUGUAAAUAGAAAUAAUAGUAUUAUUGAAUAUAUGAUUUUGUUUUUGUUUUAGUGUUA